CUCCGAGGCAUAGUGAAAAUCGAAGAGGACCUCUACCAAGUGGAGCCCCUCAAGGACUCGUCUACGUUUGAACAUGUCGUGUAUCUCCUGAAUAAGGAGUACUUGAGCAAUUGGACCUGUGGCUUAACUGAUGACGACAUCGAGCGGCAGAUGCCCCAGCAGGAGCACAUGGCUCGGGUCAGACCGUUUACUGGAUUCUAUGAGCACCCAAGGUACAUGGAAUUGUUACUGCUGUUUAAUCGCGAUCGAUACUUGUUUGUGAAGUCCAAUGCUUCUCAGAUUAUAAGCGAUGCCCUUCUUCUCACUGGGAUUUUGGACACCCAUUUUCAGGAACUCAUUGUGAGGAUAAGCCUACAAGCUAUUGAAAUAUGGACGGAUGAUGACAAAAUAAAGACUGACAGUGAAGGUAUACUUGAGGUUGUUUCUGAACUUGCACAUUAUAGAAACACUUUCCUUUACCAACGGAUUAAAACUGAUUGGGCACAUCUAUUUGUACUCAACAGUUAUUUGCGUGAUUCUCCAGGGCACUAUGGAAAAACAUGUACUCCGUAUUCUGGAUCAGUAGUUUCAUUUCCAGGCCAGAAUAUUCUUGGACCUGCCACUCGGACCACUUAUGAACUAGGCCAUGCUAUGGGAAUAAUAGAUGAUAGUGGAUACUGUCAUUGUAAUGGCAGAACGACUUGCUUCAUGAACAAUGGGCGUAAUGGGUGGAGUAACUGUAGUAAAGCCCAUUUUUUUUUUGCCUUAAGUUUAGGAUUGUCUUGUCUAACCGAUAUCCCCCUAGUAGGUUAUGUGCUGGAAACCUGUGGAAACAAAAUUGUGGAAGGGGAUGAGGAAUGUGAUUGUGGCACAAAAGAGGAAUGUGACACAGACAAGUGUUGUCAACCAGAUUGUAAGUUGACACCUGGUGCCAACUGCAGCAUUGGUCUUUGCUGUCAUGAGUGCCAAUUACGUCCAUCUGGAUAUAUAUGUAGGUAUCAAGAAAAUGAAUGUGACCUUGCAGAGUAUUGCGAUGGGACCUCACAUUUAUGCCCAAGGGACACUUAUAAACAGGAUGGAACCCCUUGCAAGUACAAAGCCUAUUGUUUUAGGAAGGGGUGUCGAUCCAGGCUUAUGCAGUGCCAACGAAUUUUUGGACCUGAUGCUAGGGACGCUCCUAUUCAGUGCUACCAAGCAGCGAAUUCGGAGGGUGACCAAUUUGGUAAUUGUGAAAUUGAGAAAGUUAGAAUAUACAAGAAGUGUGAGAUCAAAAAUGCAUUAUGUGGCCGAAUACAGUGUAUAAAUGUCAAAUUAGUCCCUGAUAUGCCAGAUCAUAGUUUAAUAAUUAUCACUCAUCUGAAGAAGGAAAAUCUUGUGUGUUGGGGCAUAGGCUACCAUCUAGCAAUGAGACCCCUGGGGAUCCCUGACCUGGGUGAGAUAAAUGAUGGCACCAGCUGUGGCCAGAACCAGAUAUGUGCGAACAGAACCUGUGUGAGUGAUCUGAUUAUGAAAUAUGACUGUUCGUCUGAGAAGUGCAACCGCCGAGGCGUCUGCAACAAUCAAAGGAACUGCCACUGCAUGUACGGCUGGGCCCCUCCGUUCUGUGAGGAAGAAGGCUAUGGAGGGAGCAUCGACAGUGGGCCUGCAGGCCCACGGCUACUUCCAGAGGUAAAGGCCUCAGCAAUGCAUGUUGCGACCAUAAUGUUCUUACGCCUUGUUUUCUUACUCUUCUCGAUGAUUGCCGUGCUUUUCUUGGGAAAGAAUCUCUAA